UGCGUGAUGGCUUCGGAACGGUAUAGUUUUUCGCUGACCACCUUCAGCCCCUCGGGAAAACUGGUUCAGAUCGAGUAUGCCCUGGCGGCGGUUGCGGCUGGAGCACCCUCGGUUGGUAUCAAGGCGGUGAACGGUGUUGUGAUCGCAACGGAAAACAAGCAGAAAUCAAUCCUGUACGAUGAGCACAGUGUGCACAAGGUCGAGAUGGUGACGAACCAUAUCGGUAUGAUCUAUUCCGGCAUGGGGCCCGACUAUCGGCUGCUGGUGAAACAGGCCCGUAAGUUGGCCCAGAACUACUACCUCACGUACCGCGAACCCAUUCCAACGUCGCAAUUGGUACAAAAGGUUGCCACCGUCAUGCAGGAGUACACGCAAUCGGGUGGUGUCCGGCCGUUUGGUGUCUCGCUGCUGAUUUGUGGCUGGGACGAUGGCCGUCCGUACCUGUUCCAGUGCGAUCCGUCCGGUGCAUACUUUGCGUGGAAGGCGACGGCUAUGGGCAAAAAUGCAAACAACGGCAAAACGUUCCUCGAGAAGCGUUACAGUGAAGAUCUCGAGCUUGACGAUGCGGUUCACACGGCGAUUCUUACACUGAAGGAAGGGUUCGAGGGACAGAUGAACGCGGACAACAUCGAGGUGGGCAUUUGUGAUGCGAACGGUUUCCGCCGGCUGGACCCAUCCGAUGUGCAGGAUUACCUGGCCAAUAUUCCAUAA